GCGCAGAUGAUGGAUAAAAGGAGUUACAAGGAGCACUUCGAAUCGAAACAUCCGAAAAGCCCACUGCCAGCAGAGCUGAUGGAACAGCCAGAAGGAUCAUAA